AAAAUGUAAUUAUUAUAUUAUAUUGUCAUUUAUGUUUCUAAAUUUUGUUUUAUUAACUAUUAAUUACCAACUAUCUGUAAUAGCAGAUUCGGUAUUAAAAUCUAAUUAGUAUAAAUGAUUUUUUUACCUACUUGCCAAAAUAGUAUAGCAUAACAAGUAUUGAAAAACUUUUGGCGAUGACUAUUAUGUAAAUAGAUCUUAUAAUAAGUAUCACUAGUUAAAUUGGAAACAUUUCAUAGACAAAAUCAUGGACAAAAUGACAGAUUAUUUAAAAUCAAAAUUAAUGUGUGCAUUUAAUAUACCUUUAUAAAUGGUUUUUUGGAUGUUGGAUAAAUUGAUAGCACAUUUUCAGAUAAAAUGGCAUUAAAUUUUGAGUCUAAUGUACUUAAUUCAUUUGAGAAUAUAUCAUCUAAAGUUUCAUUUUGGAACAUUGACUUACCUAAAAGUCCAUGGGAUGUAGAUGAUGAUUUAGAAGACUUGGACGUAUUGUGUGAAUUGGUUAGAAAUCAAUACUUGAAACGUCUCCAUCAAACAUUGCUCAAUAAUUUAAAUGUUACUAAUAGUUACCAAAAAAAACCUGUUAAUCAGAUUCAACAUUGUAUUGAUAUAUGUAUGGUUGAAUUGGAAAAGCAAGCUUUAAGACGAUGUAUGAUUGCUAGUAUUUAUCGUGAAGGCAUGACUAAUUUGAUUAAUAAAGUCAAGACUUGCACAAAAAAUUCAAUGCUAUAUGAUUUACUUAAACAAAUUAUUGAUUCAAACAAUCAAAUGCCAUUAUGUGAAAAAUUAUUUGGAGCUGAGAAUGUAACAAACAAAUCAGUGGGUAUUGAUGUAAGUGUUAAUACUGAACAAAAAUGUAAUAAAGUUACAUCAACACAGACUGAAAUAUGGACAGAUCCAGACAAUAAUUUACCUGUUCAUUUUCCUGUUAAUAAAAUAAACACAGAUCUGGUUAAAGAACCUAUUUUACCUUCUAGUUCCUAUAAUUUGAAAUCUAAGAUCUCUGAAUCAAAUAUUUUUAAUAAUUUAAAUUCUUUAUUAAAAUCAUCUUGUUCUUCAAAUUCCUCUUCCGAUGCUCAUAUGGAAGUAAAUUACAAGUAUGAAUCUUCUGAAUUUGAAGAUUUACAAAGGAAAGACGAACAAGAAAAUUCUACAUCAAAUGAUUUAUUAAGUAUAAAUGCAUUAUUAAGAGAUCUUCAAGAUUCUCCUGAAUAUGAACAACAGUCUUCAAAAUUAGAAGAACGUUUAAUUGCCUUAGGGUUAGCAAUUGAAAAUAAUAAUUCCACAGAGAAUUUAACCGACUUAACUAAACCAAUUAAUAUAAGUCCUGAUAUUAUACGACCUGAUAAAAUAAAUGAAAUUCUUUCGGACAAAUUUAAAAGUAAACGAGUAGCCAAAUCAUAUCAAUUACGAAACAGUAUGAAUAAAUUGCCUCAAAGUCUACAAAUAAGACUGAACCAAAAAUUUAAAGACUUGUUUGGAAAUAGCCAUUCUUAUGAAUGUGAUCCAUUAUCUGAAGAAGAAGAACGUAUUAUAGCUCAUAAAAGGAUUGUAAAAAUGGUUGUCGAAUUUAUGACACCUUAUUACAAAGCACACCGUAUCAACAGACAUUUAUUUAAAAAUCUUGCUAAAUUAAUCUCUAAGAAUCUUAUGGAUCGAGCAUAUGACCCAGAUGAAAACACAGUAGCCAAUGGAGUUAAUGAAUUUUUUGCUGGAAAUAGAUGCAUUAAGACAGUUGAAGAUAUCUAUAUCAAUAAUUGAAUACCUAAUUGCUUCAAUACAUCAUAAUUAACCAAUUUACUACAAUGAUUAUUUUAUUGUACACAUAACACAUUUAUGAUUUUCAAUUACUUAAUGUUUUUUUUUUACUUAAUAUAUACAUAUAUUAUACAUUUA